UUGACAUGAAUUAAAAAAGCCAAACGUACCGUCCUCAGAUCAACACCCUGGUUUGCACCAGUCGGAAAAUGGCAUUCCUUUUCGAUUCUUUAUUUCACAACCCAAUCAAAAUCUCUCCGAAACCCGCCUCUCAAGUCCACCAAACCCCAAAUCAAACAGAUGCUGUCAAUUUCAUGUCACUAUCUUUCCCUGCAAACCACCCCAAAACCUUUAAAUGUCCCUAAAAAACUUAUUUGGAAGUCUUGUGCAACCAAAGCAAUGGCUUCAGCUACCCCUAACACAGCAACAAGCUUUGGGUUUCGGGAUUUGAUGGAAACUUUGACAAUAGAUGUGGAGAGAGCAGAGAAUAGGCCGUUAAACGUGCCUUUGAUAGCUCCUUUUACAAUUGCAUCUUCUAGGCUUGAUAAGGUAGAGAAUGUAGCAAUCAGGAUUGAAUUGAGUAAUGGGUGUGUAGGUUGGGGUGAAGCUCCAAUAUUGCCGUUUGUUACUGCAGAGGAUCAGUCAAUAGCUAUGGCCAAGGCAGAGGAGGCUUGUGCGUUUCUGAGGAGCAGCUCGCCAAUGACUUUAGGUUCGCUUUUGCAGAAGAUUGGCGGGAUACUUCCUGGGCAUGACUUUGCUUCUGUUAGGGCAGGAAUUGAGAUGGCGUUGAUUGAUGCAGCGGCAAAUAGCACUAGCAUACCUCUGUGGAGACUAUUUGGUGGAGUUUCUGAUAGCAUAACUACUGAUAUAACAAUUCCCAUUGUAUCAUCUCUUGAAGCUGCUGAAUUGGCUUCAAAUUAUCGCAAACAAGGAUUCAAAACUUUGAAGCUCAAGGUGGGAAAGAACCUCAGGGCAGACAUUGAGGUUCUUCAGGCCAUACGAUUAGCUCACCCUGAUUGCUUCUUUAUCUUGGAUGCUAAUGAGGGAUACAAAGCCAAGGAAGCUAUUGAAGUUCUUGAAAGAUUACAUGAAAUGCAGGUUACUCCUAUUCUCUUUGAACAGCCAGUUCAUAGAGAUGAUUGGGAAGGCCUUGGUCAUGUUACUAAUAUUGCGAAAACCAAAUAUGGAGUAUCUGUUGCAGCUGAUGAAAGCUGUCGGGGCCUAGCUGAUGUGAAGAAAAUAAUAGAAGGAAGUCUUGCAGAUGUCAUUAACAUUAAGCUUGCCAAAGUUGGGGUUGUUGGGGCACUUGAAAUUAUUGAGGUUGCAAGGGCAUCGGGAUUGGAUUUAAUGAUAGGUGGUAUGGUUGAGACCAGGCUAGCCAUGGGCUUUGCAGGUCACCUUGCAGCUGGCCUUGGGUGUUUCAAGUUUAUUGACCUGGAUACACCCCUUCUGUUGGCAGAAGAUCCUGUUCUUGGAGGUUAUGAAGUGUCUGGUGCUGUGUACAAAUUCACAAACGCUAGAGGACAUGCUGGUUUCCUUCAUUGGGACAAUAUUAUUUGAAAUUAAUAAUCUCCAUGGCCUGCUACGUGUCUAAGAGGAGCACUCAAUUGAACACUUUUAAUAUGACUGAUUGGCUUCAAUUUCCCCAAGGCUUGCUACCAAAUGCAGAAAAUGAGCACAAGUGGUCUUUGCAAGUGUAAGGAUUUUCUGGUUGCAAUGACUAGCAAUUUAAGCUUAGGAUGCUUCUUUGACCUGGUAGAUCAAAAUCAUGUUCUUCUGAGCUGUGAUGAAUAAAGAUCUUGUUUAUGCUGACAAUUGUGAACUAUAAUUGUUAAUUGUUGUCUCCCAUUGCCAUACA